AUGGAAGAAGAAGGAGACGAGUCUGUGCCGUGUUUCGUCUUCACCCUGCGAAAGAUCCAAUGGAAUCAGUCCAACAAGGAUUCCAGCUCAGAAGUCUCCGGUGAAAACCGAAACUUAACCUUAUCACAGCUGAGUGAUCAGGACUGGCUGCUGCUGUGUGGCCAGCAUUCUCAGUCUGCUGUUGCUGCAGAGCUCAACUGGAGGGAGAUUUUUGGUAAAGAGCCAUUGUUAGUUCAGCAAUGUCAGAAGCAAGAUUCUCAAUGCGGGACAAGUGGCGAUAAAACCUGCAAGUCAUCACGAGAGCCCUCGAUCAUCCUCAAGUGCCGACACCUCCCUUACAAUCCUUUGACUAGCACCCCGCGGAUGAAGAGGUUGUCUACUCCGGCAAGUAACAAGAGUCUUCAGUCCUUCUCGAUGACCUCUCAGCACCACAUUGGAUCGAAACCAUCCCUCCCUAAACAUACAUCUCCACCUUCUGACACCUUUGAAACAAGUGACCUAGUCAACGGGGAUGCAGUGCAUCCGCUGAGCAGCCAUGGCACUUUGAGAUCCAGUCUUUCAGAACUCAACUCUGGCCAGCAGCCUCUUCAGCUUCUUCACAGCACCAUCCUGGAGGACGCCUUUUCCAAAGUCAUCAGAGAAGAUUCCAGUAAGGCCAACAGUGAGAACCUGACCAGGGAAGAAGGCAACGUACCACAGAAGAAGACCAAGGACAUUAGCUACCGGCUGGGUCAGAGAAGGGCUCUCUUUGGGAAGCGCAAACAGUUAAGCGACUACGCCUUGGUCUGUGGGAUGUUUGGCAUCAUUGUCAUGGUGAUUGAGACAGAGCUUUCAAGAGGAUUUUACAGCAAGGAAUCCAUAUAUUCCUACAUACUGAAAGGCCUGAUCAGCCUCUCUACUGCUUUUCUUCUUGGACUCAUCGUGAUGUACCAUGCAAGGGAAAUCCAGCUCUUCAUGGUAGACAAUGGAGCUGACGAUUGGAGAAUAGCUAUGACCAUUGAGCGGGUUCUGUUUGUUGUGUUGGAGCUCCUUGUCUGUGCUAUCCAUCCAAUCCCAGGCCAAUAUGUGUUCACCUGGACCACCAGGCUGGCCUUCAGCUACACAGCAUCGGUAGCGGAUGCUGAUGUUGACAUCAUCCUCUCUGUUCCCAUGUUCCUGCGCCUCUACUUGAUUGGCCGGGUCAUGUUACUUCACAGCAAGCUGUUCACGGACGCUUCCUCCCGCAGCAUUGGGGCGCUUAACAAGAUCAGCUUUGACACUCGUUUUGUCAUGAAGACUCUGAUGACCAUCUGCCCUGGAACAGUCCUGCUGGUCUUCAGUGUGACCUGUUGGAUCAUUGCAGCGUGGACCGUGCGUGUCUGUGAGAGGUAUCACGAUGCACAGGAAGUGACCAGUACUUUUCUUGGAGCCAUGUGGUUGAUAUCCAUUACCUUCCUAUCUAUUGGCUAUGGCGACAUGGUCCCUCACACAUACUGUGGGAAAGGCGUUUGCUUACUGACAGGAAUCAUGGGAGCAGGCUGUACAGCCUUAGUGGUCGCUGUUGUUGCAAGAAAGUCAGAACUCACCAGAGCCGAGAAGCACGUCCAUAACUUCAUGAUGGAUACUCAGCUCUACAAAAAGAUAAAAAACACAGCAGCCAAUGUGCUAAGGGAGACGUGGCUCAUCUACAAAAACACAAAGCUGGUCAAAAAGAUCGACCAUGCCAGAGUGCGCCACCAUCAACGCAAAUUUCUGCAAGCCAUUCACCAACUGCGAACAGUCAAAAUGGAGCAACGGAAGCUGACUGAUCAGGCCAAUACAGUCGGUGACAUUGCUAAGACUCAGAACAUGAUGUAUGAUCUUGUGGUAGAUCUGCAGCACAGAAGCGAGGAGCUUGACAGGAGGAUUGUAGUUCUUGAAGACAAAGUAGACUCCAUCCUUCUCAGUGUGCAGUCGCUGCCCGCCGUGCUCUCUCAAGCAAUAACAAAGCUACAAAAGGAUUUCCUGGACGACCUGGCCUGUCGUGUCCACUUCCUAUCUUCCUCCCUGAGCUCUGAGUGCUGCCCGGUCCCUGCCAGGCAGCUCUGUCCUGGACCCACCACACCAGAGACACCAUACAGCUCCUAACCACACUCAGAGCUUUUCUCUUAGUUUUUUUUUUUUUUCAUGCUGGGAAGGAUUGUAUUAACUCUGUUACAUUUCAUCACUGUUCAGUUAAACAUAUUCCCUCCUGAGAAUAAUCGCUCACACUGAGCAGCUCUAAUGACACACAAAGUAAGGCGAUAAAGGGGAGAACCUUAUGCAUUAUUUUUCUCUGCUUUAAGUUUCACUGUACGUUC